GGCAGGUAGUUGUAGUUCCUUGUCCCUUUGCAGAUCCUGUUCAGCCUUCCAUUGGGUGACAGCGGGCACGGUCUUCGUCCGGUGUUGUCUCUUCUGGGCUCAGUUGAAAACCGGCCACUAGGGGUCUCCCUCCUAGUGGCCGGCUGCAGCCUGACUUGACGUCACGACUGCCUGCCAUUGGCCACUCAUCUAUGCCGACAGGAGCGCAGCAUAGAUGGCGUGAGGGCGGAAGUCAGCGCCCGGCAGGCAUCAGUGACAUCGCGCCUGCUGGGGAAGUCGUCUCCUGGCAGAGCUACAGCCGGCAGCAGAAGAAAAGACAUUUCUAAGGUUUGUGGAUGUUGUCCCUUUCUGGGUAUAAGCAUCCUUGUCUACCCAAAUGGCACCAGAAAAUCCAGACCAGAGUGCUACAUCACCAGCAACUACUGUCUCCUCUUCUGACAGUGAUUCAGGCUGUGCAUUGGAAGAGUAUCUUGAUCUCAAGUCCCAUUCCAACUCUCUUAAAAGCACAUUACCAAGUAAUAAAGCAAAAAAUUUGAAGUUUGUCCGGACCCUGCUUCAGCUGCUGCCACCACAAGACUGUGAUGAAAGGUUUUGUACUGCUUUGGGAGAGUUUGAAAGGAGAGAACUUCAAAAAUUCAGUGCACAUCGGAAAGUCCAUUCUAUGGGACACGGGGUAAUUGUGCGUGUCACUGCUGACACUUCUGACAGUUGUAUGAGGUGUGGUGGCAAGAUUCUUGUGGGAGACACAGCUGUCUGUACAGAAAGAUUUCAAGAUAUGAAUCUUCGCUGGCAUCUUAAAUGCUUUGUCUGUGAGACAUGCAAUCUUCCCUUGUUACAGUUCAUAUACUUUCUGGAAGACACCAGAAUAUACUGUGGACGUCAUCAUGCAGAACUUACUAGAGCUCGGUGUGCAACCUGUGACCAGCUGAUUAUGUCAGAAAGAUGUACCAUAGCUGAAGGACUCUGCUGGCAUGUGGAACACUUCUGUUGCUGGGAGUGUGAGAUGGUGUUAGGUGGAAGUCAAUAUGUUAUGAAAGGUGGAAGGCCGUUCUGCAGUGGCUGUUUUCAGCGUCUUCAUGCUGAGAAUUGUGAGGCUUGUGGUGAGCCUAUCGACCCUGAUGGAGAACUUGUAACAUUAAAAGGGCAAUACUGGCAUACACUGCCCUCCUGUUUCUGCUGUUCUUAUUGCAGGACACCUCUUCAUAGGUCAGAAUUUAUGAUUGAUGGUGACAAUCUUUAUUGCUCCCCGCACUGUUUGUCAUCAGAUCCUAGGAUGCACUGUCCAUCCAAUUACCAAAGCAAUAUGAUUAGAGCUUCAGCUGCAAAGUGCAGCCCUCGCAUAUACUGCUCUACCUGGACUAACACACUGAUGAAAUCAAACACUAAACAAUUAAAGCCCUCUCUCCGUGAAACAUAUUCUGCAACAGGGUGUCAAGAAGUGCUUCCAAGACUAUUUAUUGGUACAGGGAUGGGGCCAAGUAAAUCCUGGCAUCCAGAACACAGCCAGAUCAUGGAAGCUGAAGAGGACUCCUCAUGUUCAUCAUCGGACUCUGAGCCAGAAGGUUUUUUCCUUGGCAGGCCUAUUCCAAAUUACUUGUUCAAUAGGAGAACAAACUCACCAGUCCAUGGAAAGAGCAAGUCUAUAAAAAGUCUUCACAGAGGAAAGAGCUGCAAGGUGUCAUAAUUUUCCUCUGUUCAGAAAUGUUUUAAAUCUGUCGCUUUAAAAAAAAACUUAAAAAAAACUUUUGACAUGCCCUAGAGACAUGUCAAAAGGUUUAAUCAGUCGGGGGCUAAGUGUUCAGAUUCUGACCAAUUGAUGGAUAGAGCUAGAAGAAAAGCGUGGCUGACAGAGACAAGCCCAUAGACUUACAUUGUAAGCUUGACUUGCUUAGCACUUCUUCUGGGUUGUUCUAGCAAUCGGUCAAGGUCCAGGCACUCAGACCCUGAGGGGGCCAAAACUUUUGGCAUGUCUCUAUAUGUCAAGUUUUUUUUAAAGUAACAGUGCCCCUACAAAUAUUUCUUGUAAAAAAUAUAUUCUGCAGCUGUAAGCAACUACUUUAUUCUAUAGUUAAACAUCAACGGAAACUUAUGCCCAAGUGUGUAGAAAGCAAUAAUUUCAAUGCCCUAUGAUCAUCAUCUUUGCAUUUGGCAAGGUGAAGGCUUUACUUCACUGUUAAGGAAAAACUUCAUAAUUGUUUUGUAGAUUGUUAUGGGUUAUAAUUGUAGUAGAAUAAAGUCUUAAUUUUUUUGUAAGCUGUAAAAAUGUAUAAAACAUUUCAAUUAAUUUGGCAAAGGUAUGUGCGUGGCCCCUAAGUCACUAUAGUUCUGUAUUAUGGGCAUUAUGAAAUGGAACACACCACAAUAGUUUUUUUUCACAUGUUAAAAGUACUAGAAAGCUAUUGAAUCCCUUUCACUGAUCCACACUUUGGCCCUAAUUUACUAUUCUAAACCCGACUUGUUUUGUCAGGUUUUUUUGUCGCAUCUUUGUCUGCGACAUGUCGCAGACAUCGUGCGCCAGUCUGCGACACGAUGCAACAUUUUUUCCCGACGGACCCGAUGUGGAUUCUCCCAAACCCGAAAAAGGGUCGUAACCCGACAUUUCUGAGCUUUCCCACGUAUUUAUAAAGCUUUCCAACCCGAAUUUGUUCAAUUGUUGUGGAUUUUUUCCCAACAACUCAGAAGAGUUGGAAACCAAGCCAAAAAGACGCACAUGCGACAAACAGCAUGCGACAUAAUAAUAAAUACCAGGGGAAAAAAGCAGUCGGGUAAGAAAGCAACAUAGACUUACAACUCGAUUUUCUAAGUAAAUGAGGACCAUUGUAGAUCCGUGUGUGUUCUGGCCAUGUGUAUUAUUUUGUUCUUAUGUAAAUAAGGUUUGUUUCACUGUAUAAUGAAAAGUUCUGCAUUAUUCUAAUAUACUUUGUUUUAAUACCUCAAAGCAAAAUAUUAGUCAUGUGAAAUAUUCAGAAACAAUAAUGCUACUAUUUAGUAACAUAAAUCAAGGAUCAAAAUCCCAAAAAAAAUUUGAAAUAUAAAAAAAUAAUAGUUUAAUUGGUAUAUGGACAAAGUGAAAACCCUUGAAAUGAACAUAUACUGUAUUUCACUGUGUUUUCUUUAAAGUAUUAUCAUAAUCCACCUGUUUAGCACCUCGGUUAUAGUCUAUUGUAGACACAUUUAAUAUACUACAGUCACAUAGAUAUGUGGUAAAGCCUGCACAGCAUUAUUAGCAUAAUUAUCUAAGUUAUUACUGGACAAAGAUAUGGUUUGGUAAUUGCCAGCGGAGCCUUAGUGAGCAGAGAGGGGACCCUCAAAACUGUCCAUGCACACUCAAGUGGCAGUGGAGGUGGUUUAUACUGUUAUUAAAUGUGGUAAGAACAUAACUAGAUUUUACUUCCAUCACAUGUUCCAGCAGAGACUCCAUUAGAUAUUGGCUGGUAUACUACAAGCCCUUUUAUGAAAAUACAUUAAUGAUUGAAUGAUUAAAGUUAUGUAUUAAACAUAUAACUGACUUAAAAUGUAUAAAUAUUAAUAAAGUCCUAAUAAAAAAAGUUAUUGCAAACUCAUCUUUUACUCUAUAGAUUGUUACUGGAAAAAUUAGAGUUGUAUGUGUUAAUGUGAAGAAA